AGGUCCGGGCCUUGGCGCGUGCGUAUCGGCCGCCGGCAGGGCUCGUGCCUGCUCGACCAGGCUUGGCCUCGGAGCCCCGGGCCACUUCCGCCAACCCGACCUCCAAGCCAGCCUGUGCCUCCCGGUCCCUGGCCUCCUCCCCGGGCCCGCGCAUCCUCCGGGAACUGAGUCCGCGGGGAGACCGCCCGUCCGCAGUGGAUCCCGGGGGGCCUGACGCGAGGGGCGCGCGCGCUGCGCCCGCGCCCGGGGUUUGUUGUUUAUACCCCAUGUUACCCCAUCACCAGAAGAAUCUGGGCAGAGACUGGACUGCACCGUGGGAGAAUCUGCAAAGGUGUUGCUGGAACAGACAUAUUUCUAGUUGUAUGAGGUGGCCUGGAUAUUAUUCCCGUGCUCCUUACCCGUACUUCAGCAGUAGGCAUUUUUCACUAAAUUGGAGACCACCUUGUCUGUUUGAGUCUAGAACUCAGUUUCCAUACUGGAACUGGAGACCUGACAACCUGAGCCAGACAUCUUUGAUUCAUCUCUCUAAUUACGGCAUGCACUCUGAGGGAGAUGAACCUUCGUCAAAAAGAAGAAAACACCAAGGCGCAAUAGAACGACAUUGGGAAUACAUACGUAACCAUAAUAAAGAAAAAACGACGAUCCUAGGAGACAAAAAUGUUGACCCCAAAUGUGAAGACAGUGACAAGUUUGACUUUUCCAUGAUGUCCUAUAACAUACUAUUACAGGAUUUACUGGAAGACAAUUCACACCUCUAUAGACACUGCAAGUGGCCAGUAUUACACUGGAGUUUCAGGUUUCCCAAUAUUUUGAAAGAAAUUAAACACUUUGAUGCAGAUGUACUUUGUUUGCAAGAAGUUCAAGAUCAUUAUGGAACAGAAAUCAGGCUAAGUUUGGAAUCAUUGGGUUAUCACUGUGAAUACAAGAUGCGGACGGGAAGGAAACCGGAUGGUUAUGCCAUUUGCUUCAAACAUUCCAAAUUUUCACUCUUAUCAGUGAACCCAGUGGAAUUCUACCGCCCUAAUGUUCCUCUGUUGGACAGAAACAAUGUUGGAUUAGUGUUGCUCUUGCAGCCCAAAGUUCCUAGUGCUGCGUCUCCUGUGAUCUGUGUAGCUAACACACAUCUCUUGUAUAACCCAAGGCGAGGUGAUAUUAAGCUGACGCAGUUGGCAGUGCUGCUAGCAGAGAUUUCCAGUGCUGCCCAUCAGAAAGAUGGUGGCUUCUGCCCUAUUGUUAUGUGUGGUGACUUUAAUUCUGUUCCUGGUUCUCCACUCUAUAGUUUCAUAAAGGAAGGAAAAUUGAACUAUGAAGGACUUGCCAUAGGAAAGGUAUCUGGCCAGGAACAGUCUUCACGGGGACAAAGAAUUUUAUCUAUUCCAAUUUGGCCCCCAAACCUAGGUAUCUCACAGAACUGUGUGUAUGAGGUACAGCAGUUACCAAAAGUAGAAAAGACAGACAGUGAUUUGACGCAAACAGAGCUGGACAAAGCGGAGGUCUUGGUGACAACUGAAAAAUUAUCUUCAAAUUUACAGCACCAUUUCAGCUUGUCGUCUGUUUAUUCCCAUUAUUUUCCUGAUACUGGAAUUCCAGAAGUGACUACCUGUCAUUCCCGAAGUGCCAUAACUGUGGAUUAUAUUUUCUAUUCUGCUGGAAAGGAAGAGUUGCUAGCUAGACUGUCACUUCUUACAGAACAGGACUUAUGGACUGUUAAUGGACUUCCUAAUGAAAAUAACUCUUCAGAUCAUCUGCCUUUGUUGGCUAAGUUCAGACUUGAGCUCUGACUAUGCUUUGAUUACAUACUGUAUUCUCUUUCAAAGAACCUUAAGUUCUUAAGAGUUUGCAUGUUGCUUAUUUUUGUGCUGUAAGAAAACAUUGUUAAAUGUUUGAAACAAAUACCAGAAGAAAAACGUUUACAUAAUUUUCUUUUUAAUAAUGAAAAAAUAUUUUCUGGACAAGUGUGAGAUCUAAAUGCUCUUUAUUGUAAAAGAGUUGUAUUUUUUAUUAAAUCCCAGUAAACUGACAGUGAUUUUUAAAUAUAAUGCAACUUCUUUAAAAAAAAAGAAAGAAAGAAAGCAAAUGGAGGACUAAUUCAUGUUACAACAUGGAUGAACCUCAAAAAAGCCACUUAGAAAGGAUCAUAUAUUAUA